AUGGGUGUAAUUUUAUCAUCAACCUUAGCAACGUCAAUGCCUUUAUUUCGAGAAAAAAUUAUGAACAUGGUUUAUUGGUUAUUCAUUAUUGGUGCUGUCGAAUUUUUGGCUGGCUUGCUUGAAGGUUUUAUCUGGAACAUUAGUGCGAAACGGCAGACACUUCGUAUGCGUGUUUCUCUCUUUCGAUCAAUACUUCAACGUAGCAUUCCUUAUAUGGAUGCCAAAUCGGCUAGUCAACUCAAUGCUAAACUGUUUGAUAACAUUGAAAAGAUUGAAAAAGGCAUUGGUUUUGAAUUCUUAAUACUGAUGUCAACAUUACCGUGCAUAAUUGGUUGUUUAAUAGUAUCUUUCAUUGUCAACUGGCAGUUGACUUUGAUUAUGCUAUGUUUGAUACCUUUGGUCAUUGGUAGCUCAUUUAUGUUUUCUCAGCUCACCGCUAAAGAAGCAAUGAAUGAGUUAAUGAUAUAUUCGAAAGCAGGACAAAUCGUACAAGAAGUGUUUAGUUCAUUACGAACUAUUCUUUCCCUCAAUGGUAAUAAGUUUGAGCAAAAACGAUAUGACAGAGAAUUGUAUCCAACUCGUUGGAGUAGUAUACGCAAAGGUGCAGUUUUUGGGAUUUAUACUGGAUGGUUAUCUCUGAUGACCUAUCUAGUUUAUUCAGUUGGUUUUAUCUUUGGUUCUCUUCUUAUGUCACACAAAGCUGAUCAUACAUUGGAUAUUAGUGAUAUUCUUGCUAUCGUCACCCUCUUUGCACAAUGCUUGAAGUACUUCAGUUCUAUUGGUCCUUUCUUUCAAUCAUUUUCAGAAGCUCGAGGUGCAGCAGCAUCGGUGUUUCGACUUAUUGACGAGGGAAAUGAUGCAAGUAUCAAUGAAAUAGAUGUAUGGAAAGAAGAUACAGAAGCUAUUGAUAAUAUCAAUGGCGAUAUUGAAUUUGACAAUAUCACCUUUAGUUAUCCAUCUCGAAAAGAUGUACCAGUUCUGCGUAAUCUCUCUCUUAUUGCUCGUGCUGGUCAGACAACUGCUCUCGUAGGUUCAAGUGGCUGUGGAAAAAGUACAUGUAUAUCACUUUUUCUUCGUUACUAUGAACCAUCGUCGGGUCGAAUAAUGAUCGAUGGUCGACCAAUAACAGAUUACAAUGUCAAACAACUUCGACAAAACAUUGGAGUUGUUAGUCAAGAACCUAUUCUGUUUGGUAUGAGUAUUUAUGAAAAUAUUCGUUUUGGUAAAGUAAAUGCAACACAAGCAGAAAUUGAACAAGCAGCACAAGAAGCAAAUGCACAUAAUUUCAUCAUGCAAUUACCAGAUAAAUAUGAAGCAUUUGUUGGUGAAUGUGGUAUACAAUUGAGUGGUGGUGAAAAACAACGUAUUGCAUUAGCUCGUGCUCUUAACAAACAGCCUACUUUUCUUUUACUGGAUGAAGCAACAAGUGCACUUGAUAAUGUUAAUGAAAAAAUUGUUCAAGAAGCACUCGAUCAAGCAUGCAAAGGUCGUACAACCAUUGUUAUUGCUCAUCGCUUGACUACAAUUAAAAAUGCUCAUCAUAUAUAUGUAUUAGAUAAUGGAAGUGUGAUUGAGCAAGGUACACAUGAAACAUUAAUGGCAAAAGAAGGAGGCAAAUAUCAAUCAAUGGUUAAACGUCAACAAAUGGAAAGAAUCAAUGAUGAUCAGGAUGAUAUGAUGAGCAUACCAAAAGCGACAGAAGAAGAUAAAAAGUCGAUAUUUGAACGCUGUCGUUUACUUAGCGAUAACCAAACUGCUGAUGUGAACAAACAAAGUUCAAAGCUAUUCAGACGAACAUUUGUCCUUCUAAGACUCUUGUCAAUGAAUAGUCCCGAAUGGAUCACAAUCUUGAUUGGUUGCAUAGCAUGUGUACUUAAUGGAGCAGCUCAACCAUUGUUUGCAUUUUUACUCACCAAACUAGUCGAAGCAUUCAAAUAUUGUUUAACAUCUGAACGACAUCGGCAUGUGUUGAUUACCAGUUUGCUUUUUUUGCUUUUGGGUGUUCUUGUAUGGAUUCUACGUUUCUUUCAAUAUACAGCUUUUGCCAUAGCAGGAUCGAAAUUGACGCAGCGUAUCCGCUCGAAAGCUUUUGCAUGUCUUCUUCGUCAAGAAGUUGCUUAUUUCGAUCGACCUGAAAAUAGUUCUGGUGCGAUUUGCGCUCGUCUAUCGUCUGAUGCAUCAGCUGUUCAAGAGAUGACUGGCACGCGAUUAGGAAUCAUCUGUGAAGCUGUCGCAUUGUCGUUUUUUGGAAUUCUAUUUGGAUGUUUUGUAAGUUGGCAAUUAACAUUGAUUGUUUUUGCUCCUCUGUUUUUCGUAUUCCUAAUCGUCUAUGGCGAAGUGAGUUUACGUUCGUGGAUGACUCAGCAAUCUGGUCUAAUUAAUGGACGAGCAAGCAUGCUUGUUGUUGAAGUUGUUCAUAAUAUGCGUACAGUAAAACAAUUGUCAAUUGAAAAAGAAGUGUUACGACAAUAUUCUGAACUCAUUCAUCAAGUAUUUAUGUUGUUUUGGAAACCUUCAAUAUUAUUUUCAAUAAUAAGUGGUAUAUGCUGGGCACUAGAUGCAUACUCUUCGGCAUUUGUGUAUUGGUGUGCUCUUAAUCUCUUUGAGAAGAACGAACUCACUGCGAACGAUGUCAUAAUGGUGUUUGCUUUUGCUGCUUUUUCGAUGCACUCAUUAGGUGUCAUCCAAAUGAUAUCUAGUUCUAUCGCUGCAUCACUGUCGGCUGCUGACACGUUUUUUGAUUUAUUUGAUCGAAAACCAAUCGUAGACAAUGCAUCGACUGAAGGACAAGAAUUAGUUGACUUUCGCGGAGAGAUAAAAUUCGAUCAAGUUAAGUUCAUCUAUCCAGCUCGGCCAACAUCUGUUAUUCUUAACAAAUUUCAAUUGAAUAUCAAGGGAAGUCAAUGUAUUGCUCUUGUCGGUACAUCCGGAUGUGGAAAAUCAACAAUUAUUCAACUAUUGGAACGAUUCUAUGAUGUUACAAGUGGUCAACUACUUAUUGAUGGCAUUGAUAUUCGACGACUAAAUCUACAUUGGAUUCGUUCUCAAUUCGGUCUUGUCAGUCAAGAACCAAUUUUGUUCGAUUUAACAAUUGCUGAGAAUAUUGCAUAUGGCCUAGAAAAUGUUCCAAUGGAAGGCAUUAUCAAUGCAGCGAGAAAAGCUAAUAUUCAUCGAUUUAUUGAACAAUUACCUCAAGGUUAUGAAACAAAAGUAGGGUUGAAAGGCAGUUUUCUGUCCGGUGGUGAAAAACAACGUAUUGCUAUUGCUCGAGUUCUUCUUCGUCAACCAAAAGUAUUGCUCUUAGAUGAGCCUACAAGUGCCAUGGAUUCGCAUAAUGAACAAAUUGUACAAGAAGCUCUUGAACAAGCUCAAACGGAAGAUUCUAGUCGAACAUCACUCAUUAUUGCUCAUCGUCUUUCAACUAUUUGUUCAUGUGAUUUAAUUUGUGUACUUAAUAGAGGACAUAUAGUAGAGAGUGGUACUCAUACAGAACUGAUACAACAACGUGGUACUUAUUAUAGAAUGCUUGCUCAAAAUAAUUUACAAUGA